AUGCUUAUAUACAAAGCACAGGUCAUACGACCUCCAAACAGGUCAGGUGAGGCCAUACUGGCCCUCGAAUCGUAUUACGUACGGUUGGAAGCGCUGGCUUCGGCUUGGGCACUCAUCGGCCGCCAUUUCGGAAAGAAAUUGGACCCUUUGAGUGUAUCCAACAAAAGGAAAGUAAGGAUGGACCAUCAAGAUGAAUCAUUUCGUAAGGGGGGAGCUCACAAGCUUUGUCUUAUAUUCAAGCAUGCUGAGCGCGUAAGAAAGGGCGUUGAGUCUCAGCCUGAUGAAUGGGCAAAACUUCGCAACGCUCCCCCGUGUCGUCCAGAUGGUCAUGAAGUGAAGUGGGUUGUCUGGGUUACAAAAGUUGAGAUACUUGGCCUCGAUUGUCUUCUCAAAAAGAUCCGUCUCCCCACCUUCCGUAUCAUCAAGGUGGAACAUGGUGUGACGAAGGAGGUCCCCAAGCUCACUACGCACAAUGGUGAAAAGCGCGUCAGUCGACUUCCCUUGCAAUUGUGGCAGCUCUUGCACAUCUUGUCGGAGGUCUGA